AUGAGCGAUUGCUUCAGCGGAUCGGAUUUGGGCGAUUGGACUGGUGACUGUUCGAGUCUCGACGAAGAGCGAUUACCUACAGCAGUCGAAACCGAUCAGUUGACAGGAGCCGAUCUUAUUCUAUUGGCCACUAUUCCGACAGCUGCUAUUCCUCUAGCUGAACAUCUACUUCAUUACAGUCAUCCUGCUAUGCCGCGACGAAUACGAGAGGAAGUACUGGAAGUGACCAGAACGGUCACAAUGAUGGAAGUUGUCAAUGCUGCACCUGACAAGCAUCCACGUUCAUGUGAAGUGACCGUCACGAAUAUCGCUUCCGAUACUGGCCAUCCAGUUUCGUUGAAAAUCCGACAUAUGCAUCAAUCGCAGAAUGUUAACCACAACGAGGCCCAAACCCAGACACCCGAGAUCACCGUCGAAGAGGAAACUUCCGACGCCCUAAGACGAAUUCCAAAUGGAACUACACGAGUUGAGCAGGAGCAUACGAUGAAGGUGGAACGACUGAAACCACCACGACGACAUGCCAGCAACACAAGCACGUUCAGUAGACCGAGUGACAACCUUAUCGAUCUGCACUUCACACAACCUGUUUUGUCUGAAGUUAAUGAUCAACAACACUCAGCUAAAUCUCGUGCCGCUGGCCAUCAAACUAACGGCCAUACCAUUUAUUCUCUUUACUAUCGACCAUUUUCUGAAGAGAACUCACAGCCUAUGAACCAUUCUGCUGGCACUGCUGCUGCACCCACUGUGACCACUUACCGACAACCACUGAAGGAGCGCAGUUCCAUCGUCGAUGAAAUCGAUGUUAGUGAUUUCUUUCUUUCAUUACACUUUACAACGCGGUGUUGUUUCUUUUCAUAUUGA